GAGCCCGUGCUGGGGGAGCCACCGGAGCUGCCCGCCAUCACCACCACCACCACUGCCCACCACCACCACCACCGCUGCCCACCACCGCUGCCCACCGCUCCUCGAGGCGUCCCUGCUCUGCAGCCACCAGUGACGAGGGUCCCUCGGCCCCUGGCCCCGCACCAGGCAGCACCGGAGGGCUCGGCAGAGCCCGGUCCGGUCCCGGGCUCGUCCCGGGCCGCCCCGUCGAGGGGGCACCGGCUCGGGGCGGCCCCGGGCCCCGCCGCUGACCGCGCCCCCAGACCCCCUCCGAGGAUGAGGAGCCGCCCGGUGCUGGCGGUGCUGCUGGUCCUGGCGCUGCCGCUCGCCCUCACCCGCCGCCCCCCCGCCGCCGCCCCGCAGGACCCCGCGCCCCCCGCCCAGGGGAUGCCCGUCCCGGAGCCGCUGCGCUGGAGCGCCCGCGGCAGCCCCGGGGCCGCCGCCGCUGCCGCCGCCGCGCUGGAGCUGCUGCGGGAGCAGGGCGCCGGUCCCCCCGCGGCGCAGCAGAAGCGUAAGUCCCGCCCGGUGCCGGUGACGGUGCCGGUGCCGCCGCCGGGGCCGCUGACGGCCGCUCUCUCCGCAGGGGACAUGCACGAUUUCUUCGUGGGGCUCAUGGGGAAGCGGGCGGCGGAGCCCGGGCGAGCGGCGGGGCGGGGGGAGGGCGACCCGGCCCCCCGCUGCUCCCCGGGGACCCCCGCGCCCGGCCAGGCCCCGCUGCGAGCCCUUUGAGCCGCGGGACGAGCCCCCCACGCCCGGGGGGCCGCGGGACCGGCUGCGGGGGCGUCCCGGGCGCCGCCGCCCGCGGAGCCGUCGUGGGACCCCGCCGGGAGCGCGACCGUCCCGCCCCGCGCGCGUGUCCGCGCGUCCAUCGCCGCGCGUGUCCGCGCACCCGUGUACACCCGCAUCGCCCCGCUAAACACCCACC